AUGCGAGGCUCUAAAUUCACUUAUUCGGCUUCUGAUGGCAGAAAACAAAGCAAACUGGAUAGAUUCCUCGUGAAUUCCAGUUUUUUUAAUAAGUGGCCUGAAGGGGACGUUGUAGCGGUCCCGUCUUUCUUGUCCGAUCACAGUGCGAUAAUUCUCAAGACGGAUCUGUCCAAUUUUGGUCCUAAACCAUUUCGGAUUUUCGACUCAUGGUUCGACAAGCCGGGCUUUUGCGAAGUUGUUCAAUCGGCUCUUAGCAAAGACCCCGGUAUCCGUGGUCCUCCGGAUGUUCGCCUUAUGAGGAAAUUGGGCAUUCUCAGGUCUGAGCUAAAGAAUUGGAGAGACGAAAUGCUAGCAAAAAAUUCUGAAGUUGUUUCAGCUGCGAUGUCGGACCUCGAAUGUAUACAAGGUAUUUUGGACGAGAGGAAUUUGUCGGAAGAAGAGGAGUGGAUUCUCCUUGAAAGUAAAAAAGUCCUAAAGGAGGAAGAAGAACGUAAAAGCAGGGACAUGAAGCAAAGAUCUCGAAUAAAGUGGGCUCAGGAAGGGGAUGAAAACACCAAUUUCUUUCACGCUAUGGUUAACUGCAGGAAGGCGUCUAAUUCUAUCCACGGGUUGGAGGUUAAUGGCUCGUGGGUGUCUAAACCGACUCUCGUUAAGAAAGAAAUUUUUAGAUUUUUUAAAAAGAAAUUUGAAGAAGAUUGGGCCGACCGACCCCGCCUUAUUUGUGCGGAUAUUAAGAAGAUUUCGGUAGCGGAUUCGGAAUUUCUAAGCGCUCGGUUCAGUAAAGAGGAAAUUAAAAGGGCUAUUUUUGACUGUGGCGACGACCGGGCUCCGGGCCCGGACGGUAUUAGUUUCCGUUUAAUCAAGCGGUUCUGGAACCUUUUUUAG